AAAAGAAGGCAAGUCGGCAGCCAAAAAAAGGGAGAAUUCCCUAAAUAAGAAUAAAAAAAGUUUUGAAAUUCCAAAAUAGGAGUAUCAUGUUUAUUAUUCCUUGAAUAUGAGUUAAUUUCUGCCAAGUUUGGCAUUACUAGGCUUUAAAACAUGACAUUUUCUUUCAAACUUGACAGAUUACUCCUAUUGAGAGGAUAAAAAACAUGAUAUUCCUGUUUUGGAAUUUUAAAACGUUUUUGCUCCUAUUUAGAGCAAUUUCUAAAAAAAGCAGCACAUGUCUACGGCCAAUUCAAAACAAAACAACAAAAAUAGGAAGCUACAAUCAACUAGCUGCAAGGAGAUGGGAUGGGCAGCCAAAUCAUUUUCUGGGAAGAGCAAUAAAAGGUCGGUAGUAGGAAAGAAAAGAAUUAACACUUGCAGCUCUUGGCCGGAGGGCAAGGGCAGAACUGCUCUUGGCAGAAGAAGCUAAAGAAUUGCAGAUUUGGGAUUGAAAAAAUAAUCCACUUGCGAGAGAGGGAGAAGCUGGCCGAAAGGAAUGAACCCGAGCAGAAGAAAGAAAUUUGCAACCACUAGCAUGUUAAUCUAUGUUCAUGAACAAUUGUCAUCUAGCUUUCAAUCUUAACUUAAGGACUCCGCUUCUUAAUAGUGAGAACAGCUCUCUUCGAUCUUUCUAGAUGGAACGAUGCAAGGCCUGCAGUUCGGCUCUACCGCCGGUGAUUUCUAUCUUUCUCAUUAUCAAGGAUUCGACCCAGUUCCUUUUUUUCUUCUGUUUACUACUUUUUUUAUUAUGUUACGAGAGAUAUUGAGUGCUUGUCAUAUUAAUGAAUUUAGGACUAAAACUGCUUGAUUGAUUGAACAUUUACUUUUGUAUAUUUUAUGGUGCUUUUAAUAUAUAAUUUACUACGAAUGAUGUUUACAUUAACAAGUAGGGUUAGAAAUUGAUUAUUUGGUAUCAUUUAGGCAAACGGGUACCCGUGGAUAAACCGAUUCCCCGUUGGGGCGGUUACGGUUCAAAUAAAAAUUACCCGAACGGGUAAUAGGGCGGUUUUGGGGCAAACAUUUAUCUAACGGGGCGGUUUCGGUUUUAUGUGUACCCGUCCCCGAUCCUCCCCGUUGCCAUCCCUAACUAGAACCCUCUCGGCGCGCCGUUUCAAAUGACUUACAAAAGCAGUCUUCCCCCCCUUCAAACUGCAAUUCUCAUCUAUUGUUCAAUACAUAGAGACAGAGUAAAAGCGACUUAUGGCAGACGAAGCUAAGAGCAAAGGCAAUGCGGCUUUCUCCGCCGGAAAUUUCGAGGAGGCCGUCAACCACUUCACUGAGGCGAUCAACCUCGCACCAACCAAUCACGUCCUCUUCUCCAACAGAUCAGCUGCCUAUGCCUCACUCGGCAAUUUCUCCAACGCCCUAUCUGACGCUCAGAAGACUGUCGAGCUCAAGCCAGACUGGUCAAAGGGGUACUCCCGGUUGGGAGCGGCUCACCUUGGCCUUCGUAACUACGAAGGAGCUGUUGCUGCUAUAGGAAGGGUCUAGAAUUCGAUCCGAAUAACGAGGCAUUGAAAUCUGGCCUCGCCAAUGCGCAGUCUUUUGAGGCCCGUUCCAGUAGACCAUCUUCUUCUCCCCUGGGGGAUGCGUUUUCGGGACCAGACAUGUGGGUUAAGUUGACCCGAGACCCUACUACACGGGCUUACUUGCAACAGCCAGAUUUCGUAAAAAUGAUGCAGGAUAUCCAGAAAGAUGCUAAUAAUCUUAAUAACUAUUUGAAGGACCAGAGGGUAAUGCAGGCACUUGGCAUUCUGUUAGGUGUGAAUUUGCAGACUAGGACGGCAGAGGACUAUCACGAGGUCCCUGAAGCUUCCUCCCAGCGGAAAAGGCCGGCUGAGUCUGAGCCUGUGAAGGUUAAACGUUCUGAACCUGAACUUGAACCGAAGACAGAACCCCAACCUACAGAGCUAUCUGUGGAGGAGAAAGAGUUUACGGAUAGGAAGUCUCAUGCAUUAGAACAGAAAGAGGCUGGUAAUGCAUCCUAUAAGAAAAAGGAUUUUGAGACGGCUAUUCAUCACUAUUCAAAAGCUAUUCAGCUUGAGGAUGAAGAUAUUUCGUUCCUUACUAAUAGGGCUGCUGUGUACUUGGAAAUGAGGAAGUAUGAGGAAUGCAUCAAAGAUUGUGAUCAAGCUGUUGAGAGGGGGUGAGAACUUAGAUCUGAUUUCAAGAUGAUAGCAAAGGCUUUGACAAGGAAGGGCACAGCCUUGGUGAAGAUGGCAAAAUGCUCAAAGGACUUUAAACCUGCUAUUGAGACUUUCCAGAAAGCUCUUACAGAACAUCGCAAUCCUGACACACUAAAAAAGCUUAAUGAUGCAGAAAAGGCAAAGAAAAAAUUAGAGCAACAAGAGUCCUUUGAUCCACAGAUAUCUGAUGAAGAGCGUGAGAAAGGUAACCAGUUUUUCAAAGAACAAAAGUAUCCCGAGGCAAUCAAGCACUAUACAGAAUCUAUAAGAAGGAACCCCAAAGAUCCAAGAGCAUAUAGCAAUAGGGCUGCUAGCUACACCAAACUUGGGGCAUUGCCUGAGGAGCUCAAAGAUGCUGAGAAAUGCAUUGAGCUCGAUCCUACAUUUGCAAAGGGUUACACUAGAAAGGGUGCUAUUCAGUUUUUCAUGAAAGAAUAUGAAAAAGCUCUGGAGACCUAUCAGCAGGGCUUGAAGCUAGAUCCUCAUAACCAGGAAUUACUAGACGGUGUGAGGAGCUGUGCUGCACAAAUAAACAAAGCAACCCGUGGUGAUCUAAGCCCAGAGGAGCUCAAGGAGAGACAGGCUAAGGCAAUGCAAGACCCAGAAAUCCAGAACAUUUUAAGUGGUCCUGUAAUGAGACAGGUUCUUGUGGACAUGCAAGAGAACCCUAAAGUUGCUCAAGAACACAUGAAGAACCCACCUGUGAUGAACAAGAUCCAAAAGUUGGUCAGUGGAGGAAUUGUUCAAGUCCGUUAAAGAGUAGAACUCAUUUAAUAUUAAGGGUCAAAAGAAAGCAUAGCCACGCAAAUUAUACCGUGGGAUCGGCUCACCAUGCGCAUGGUGUGCCGAUCCCAAAACGGUGUCGUUUUCCAUUAAAAAAAAUUAGGUUUGUAUUUCUGUUUUCAGUUGCAGCCGAUUUCUUUCUUCUGCUUCCUUCUUCCGUUAUUGUUUCUAUAUACUGUGCUUACGAACCUGAUUUGCCUUCAAAGGUUUCAAUGGAUUUCUCUCUAGAUGAUUCAGCUGUUGUGAAUUCAUCGAUUGAAUUCGGAGAUUCUAUUCCUUUUACUAUACAUGAUAACGUGAUUCCUUCAUCCGUUAACAAUAAUUUUGAAUGUGAUCAGCCGGUUCAUAUCGAGCACAUUGGUAAACAUUACAGUUUUUGAGUUUUGUGAAUUUAAUUUAUCUUAUUUAUGCUUGCAGUAUGCUGUAAUAUGUUUUGUUUUCUGUUUUAUCUUAUUGCUUUAGAAUUUGGAGUGUAGUAUUCAUAUUGGUUGAAUUUUGUUGUUUUCCUUUCAGGAGAAGAUGAAACUGGUUCAAUGGUUUCUAAAUUGUUACAUCUUCUUAGUAGAGAUACAUUUGCAACUAUUGACAAGGCAACCGAGAAUAAAUCACUUGUUGGAUUGUGUGUUAAAUCUGAAAAGGAUGCUUAUAAUCUUUACAACAAUCAUGCUUUUGAAAAUGGAUUUGGUAUUCGAAGAUGCAAACAGAGGUUUAGGAGUGGCAAUGUAAGUUUGAUUAUGAAGUCUUACUGUUGUUGGAAAGAAGAGAAGAAACUACAAAAGGGCACUUAAAACAAAAUGUAUACGAAAUUAGAUUAUCGUUCAGGUUGUAAAGCAAAGCUGCAGUUUUCUAUUAGUGUUGAUGGUGAAUGGACUGUUUCAAAGCAUAUUACUGAUCACAACCAUUCUUUUUUGUCCAAUUGGUCAAAGACACCUUCUCAAAUCACAUCGAGGUGUUGAUCAUGAGUAUCUUGAAUUUAUUAUGUUGAUGAAGGAGAGCGGGACAAAGGUUUCUGAUAUUCACUGUAUGCUUCAAAAACAGGCAGGUGGGGUUAGUGCUCUUGGAUUCACCAAACGUGAUGCUUAUAACGUUCUAGAAUCUGAAAAGAGUAAAACGUUUGAUGGUAGUGAUUCUAACACUUUGAUUUCUAUAUUGAAGAAAAGGGCUGAAGUGGAAUCUGAUUUUUACUUUGAUUUUGAAGUAAAUGAAGGUGUACUAAGUUGUUUUUUCUGGAGAGAUGGCCAAAUGAGAUCAGAUUAUGAGAGAUUUGGUGAUUUAGUCGUGCAUGAUACAACUUACAGGACUAACAAAUAUGGCAUGAUUUGUGGUCCGUUUGUUGGUAUGAAUCAUCACUGUAAGAAUAUUAUGUUUGGUUGUGGCUUUAUGUUGAAUGAAAAGGUGGAGUUCUUUGUUUGGUUAUUCCAGACUUUUUUGAUGAGUGGAGGUCAGAGGAAAAUGGUCUAGAUUUCAGAUGUUCAGAAGGCACCGUUGAGAUGGUAUUGCUGCAAGAUAGUAUUUUGUCACAUGCUAGAGAUGUGUACACCCUUGAGAUAUUCAAACUGUUCCAAGAACAAUAUUUGAAGGGUAUGUCACACUUUUUUAAAUUAAUGACAGAGAAUUCUCAUCAUUAUGUGUAUCAUGUUUGGUUGAAUGGUGUAGAUUUGAUUAGGCACAACGUUACUUUUAAUGGAAAUGACAACACAGUGACAUGCAGUUGUAAGAUGUUUUCAGAAGUUGGCAUUUUGUGUAGGCACAUAUUGCGUAUAUAUAACAUCCAUUGUGUGAAAUGUAUUCCCCAAGUUUAUAUACUCCCCAGAUGGACAAAGGCUGCUAUUUUGCAACAUGUUAGUCCUCCUUUUACUCAAGGAAGAGAUCUUAUGUGUGGUAAAAUAAUUGAAGAUUCUGUUUGGAGAGUGCAAAUGACUAGAAAAUUCAAUACCAUAUUGGGUGCAAGUGUUGGUCUACCUGAAGCUAGGCAAGUAUGUGAGGAAGGGUAUAAUACUAUCAAACAAUUUUUAGAUAUUCAAAACAAUGUUUCUGGUGUAGAUGAAUUGGGUUCUGAUCCAAGGACAAUACUUGAUCCUCCACGUUCUCGUCCUAAAGGUCAGCGAAAUACACGGAAGAGAAGCAUCGUUGAAAAACAGUGCAAAAUAGUCAAAGGUCGACGUUCUAAAUCUCAAAACGUUGCAAGACACAGUCAGUUCUAUGGUUCCACAAGGUUAUCUUGUUCAUCCAGUUGGAGGAAUGACUUCUUUGAUGAGUGUGUUUGGAUCUGCACAAGUUUUAGAUCCAUACUUCAUGCAAUGUAAUGCAGUUCACCAAAUGUGGAAUUAGUUUUAGUGAAAUAAGUUUUUCAGAGACAUGUUAUACAUUUGUUUUUGUUUUACUGUAAAAGUUGGAGACAUUAAAUAUUUAAUUGUUGCUGGUUACAUUUCUAGUUAAAUGAUUUACAUUUGUUUUAAUGGCAUUUAC